AGCCUUCUAUUACGUUAAUGCGCUGUAUACUCCUUUGUGGUCAUAUGAUCAGUUUGUGAAUUGGUAUCGAAUUUAAGGGAGUGUCUUAAUUUUAUGGCGAUAUCUUUCAGAAUAAAAAUGUUCAAAUUAUUUUUGUGUUUUGUAGCUGCAUUAGUUGCAGUUAAAGCAAGUGGAGAUUUUGUAGUUUUACACAGUCCAAAUAGUGUUAUGUUCAAUGGGAAUGAAGAAGUGGAACAAAGCUUGCUUAAAGAAGUAUUAGCUGCUGCUCUAGGUUUCACUGUCAAACUGAGAGGAAUAUGGAGCGGCAUUUCUAUCACUGAUCCAUUUAGACUUCCAGAAGCUGUUGUUGCAGUAGCGAUAGAAGGAGUAGAUUCUUUGGACAUACCAAAAGGAAAAAGAUUUCCUUUAAAUGUGAAUGAAGUUGAAGAAACAACAUGGCAGGCUCUUAGAGAACGUCUUGAGGAGAGAGACAAUGAUAAUACCUUAGUGAGGAUAUCUUUAGGUGAUGGUUUGGAUGCUCUAGGACAAUCUGCUCUUGGAGAAUUAAAACCCACCCCCAUCGAUGAAACAUCUUUAAGAGCUUUAAGCCUAGGAAAAGAAGAGGACAAAAAGUUCCUUGAAGAAGUACAAUUACUCCAUGCUAUUGCUAACAAAGCGCCUUCAGCAAUCAAACCAGAUUCAAAGCCUGAUAUUUAUUGGCUUGUUGUAUCUUCUUUGCGUCCGAUUUUAGAUACUUAUGGAAGUAAUUCAACUGCAUCUAGGGAAGCCCUGUCAUUGUUGAAUAAUGCUUUGAAUGUUAUUCAUGAUGCAUUUAUUCAAGCUUAUGAUGGUCAGGUAUUGAUUGUGGCAUUCACAAAUGAUGCAACUAAGGUACAUCAUAUCCGUUCAGUAACUUUAGACAGGCAAAAACGGGAUGCUCCAGAUACGCAAGAUGAUCAACGAGGUGAAAAGAAAAAGAUAGAAGACGAAGAGGAUUCGAAUACAAGUAAUAAUAACACUAGCACAAACUACAGUGAUAUGAAUAAUUCUACUGCAAAUAGCGAUACUCGUGAUGAUAGUGGAAUCAGUGAGAAUCAGGAUAUGACUAAUAUGGAUAUAUAUUCCAACACACAAUAUAUAGGACAGGACGUAACGAUUCGCUCGCGCUCGAAAGACUACACGGAAAAUUAUCCCAUUAUCUUUAAUAUCCUCUUAUGGUUUGGAGUUGUUUUUGUCUUUUCACUGUUUGCUAUUUGCAUUGCCAUUUCGCAAAUGGAUCCAGGCCGAGAUUCUAUAAUAUACAGGAUGACUUCUAAUCGUAUGAAGAAGGAUAAUUAAAUGUAAAUACAAGCUAAACAUAUAACAAUGAAAAGAAUGUUCUGCAUAUAAUCUGUACUUAAUUUAUCGAUGAUUCGUAUGAUAUGCAUCUAAAAUUUCACUUCGAAUCAAUGUGGUAUCAUUUUGUAUCCUAAAGAUGUAACGAAUCACUAUGAUAUACUCAUAUGUAAAAUGUGUAUUUGUAAACGGUCAAUCAUUAAUAUUAAUCGUUCAACUUAGUGUAAACAAUGUCUGGUAUUCUUUGUUGCAUAUUACAUUUAACCAAUAAACGAUUACUAAAUCAUACUCGUAGAAUAACAAUAAAAAUGUUCGAAGUAGAUCAAAUUUGUCAUAAACGAGUACAAAUAAUAGCAGAACAUGUAUGCAAAUGUGUAGUUAUAUAAAAUAAUGUUACGAAAGUUAAGUUGAGCUUUCUAUUACCUAAAGUAAUGAAUAAUUAUAAAACAGAUCAUACCAUAUUAUAUUAUGACCUUAGAGAUUUAACAAAUUUUGAAGUUUGAACUGUUCUUAAAUAUUAUGAAAAUUGUAUCGAAAGAAUCAAUGAGUUAAUCUGUAAAUUUUUAUCUGACAAAUAUUAAAUCGAAUUAUGCGGUA